GACCCAAUCCGAAAACAAUACGGGCGAGGAAGAUCCGGGUCCAUACCCAUUAUAGUGUAACUGUCACUAACUGAAGUACGACACCGAGCCCUCUUCUCCGAUCGUACAGACGCUGUCACUCGCUGAUGACCGAUGGGUUUUUGAAUUGCUUUGCCAUGAAACUAGAUCUCCAUAUCAAUAUUUCCGUACGAACUCCAGAACCCUAGGCCUCUCAUAGUCUAGGGUUGUUGCUCAUUUUUAUUGUUUUACCAGCAUGCCUUCUUCGCCUAAAUUCCUCCACGCUCAGCAUCGCCAAUCGCCUUCGCCGCGCAGAUCUACGGUCCUUAUCCUCGCCUCCUGCCUACUGAUCGGAAUCUCUGGGUUCGUAUUUGGUUUCGCCGCUAUCCUCAGCUCGAGUCGCGUUUCGUACAAAUGCUCAAACGCCGAGCCGAGAUCUGUCCGAGUGGUUUGGGAGCGAGUCGGAGGCGAUGGGAAUGGGAACGGCUUUGGAGGGGCCUCCAGUGGUGGGGAUCCGAAGAGACAUAGGGUUAUGGGGUUCGUGGGCAUUCAGACAGGGUUCGGAUCCGUGGGCCGGAGGCGGUCCUUACGUCAGACUUGGAUGCCGUCCGAUCACCAAGGGCUUCAACGCUUGGAAGAAGCAACUGGUUUGGCUUUCAGGUUUGUCAUUGGUAGAACCAAUGAUAAAUCGAAAAUGCUAGAACUCAAGAAGGAGGUAGCAGAAUAUGAUGAUUUCUUGCAAUUGGAUAUUGAAGAGGAGUAUAGUAAGCUCCCAUACAAAACGUUAGCUUUCUUUAAAGCUGCAUAUGCACUUUUUGAUUCUGAAUUUUAUGUUAAAGCGGAUGAUGACAUAUAUUUGAGGCCAGAUCGCCUCUCACUGCUCUUGGCAAAAGAGCGCACUCAUUCUCAGACUUACAUCGGGUGCAUGAAAAAGGGCCCUGUUUUCACUGACCCUAAACUAAAAUGGUACGAGCCACUAUCCCAUUUGCUUGGAAAGGAGUACUUUCUUCAUGCUUAUGGCCCAAUAUAUGCUCUUUCUGCUGAUGUUGUUGCAAGUUUGGUUGCUCUUAGAAACAAUAGUUUUAGGAUGUUCAGCAAUGAGGAUGUUACAAUUGGUGCAUGGAUGCUUGCAAUGAAUGUCAAUCAUGAGAACAAUCAAGCACUGUGUGAACCAGAGUGUACGGAAAAGUCUAUUGCUGUCUGGGAUAUUCCCAAGUGUUCAGGGCUCUGUAAUCCGGAAAAGAAACUACUAGAACUUCAUCAAAAGGAGAGCUGCUCAAAUAGCCCAACUAUGGCAUCCGAUGAGUAGCAUUCGUGCUUGAAUUUAUUUUUUUUCCCACUAAAAGCCAAUCAAUUGAGAUGGUACAUUGAAGAAUUGCUCUCCUAUAAGUUCCUGCCACCACUAGAUGUUAUUCUUUCCACCUUUUUGUAUUUUUUUUUUUUUGUUUUUGUUUUUUUAA